GGGCUCUCCUCAUCGAAACACACCGUAAAUUGUUCAAUCGUCCUGACGUUGAAUUUAGGUUGAAGCAACCAUUCAAAGCACAAAACUUUCAGGUCCAAAUCUACAUCGAGAGGCUGCUUCAGAUACCAAGUCCUCCUCCUAAGAACAGAUCCUGAAUCCUUCGCCUGAGAAAGCCAUGUCAACGAUUGAGACACAAGGACAGAGCGCAGACCCUAGUGUGUUGAAAGCCAUGGAAGUGAGCACAGUUCCCGAUCUGAACCCUUCCGAUCUGCAAAUCUUUAUUCUCUCCGGCCAAAGUAACAUGGCCGGCCGAGGAGGCGUCAUCAGGCAUCCCCACAAUCACAACCAAUGGGACGGCUUCGUUCCGCCGGAGUGCCGCCCAGAUCCCUCCAUCGUUCGCCUCAACGCUCACCUCCGGUGGGAACCGGCCGCGGAGCCGCUACACGCCGAUAUCGACGCCGCGAAGGUAUGCGGCGUGGGUCCUGGCAUGUCGUUCGCUAACGCUGUGAGGCCGCACGUACGGGGAGGAGCAUUGGCAUUGGUGCCGUGCGCGGUGGGCGGCACCGCCAUAAAAGAGUGGGCGCGCGGAGAGAAGUUGUAUGAAGAAAUGGUGAAGAGAGCGAGAGAAAGCGCGAAGUCGAAGCGAAGCGAGAUCAAAGCGUUACUAUGGUACCAAGGAGAGAGCGACACGUUGGUUGAGCAUGACGCCGAGGCUUACAGAGUCCACAUGGAGAAGCUCAUCCAGAAUGUUCGCGAAGACCUUCAUUUGCCUUCGCUUCCAAUAAUCCAGGUGGCUAUAGCGUCAGGUGAUGAGAAGUACAUAGAGAGAGUGAGGGAAGCACAGAAGAGUAUUAAUCUUCCAAAUGUGGUUUGUGUGGAUGCAAAGGGAUUGCCAUUGAAGGAGGAUAAUCUUCAUCUCACCACGGAGGCUCAAGUUCAACUGGGUCAGAUGCUCGCCGAUGCUUAUCUUUCCCAUUUUGUUGCAGUACCGUGACUGAUUUGUUAUUUCGACUUUUCUCAUCAGCUUUCUGAUUGUCUGUCUGGCCUUUUGUUGUGUGGGGGAAAUUUGGUGUGGAUAGUUCAAGCACAGGAAUAAAGGAAAUUUGCGUUUGACUUUUGUGAUUCAAUGUUAAUUUUAUUCAUGGUGUGUAUGUUUUUCGAACAAAAUCCAUUCUGAAAUUCAAAUCUCUGCACUUACACAUUAGAAAGAACAAUUCAGUUUCUUCCCAGUUUCCAGUUUGGAUCUCAACUGUAAAACUUCUGGGAUAGUGAGGAAAGAAAGUCCAAAUCUGUAAUAUUCUUUUUAAAAUAAUUGUGAUGAAUGUUUAAAUA